AUCAUGGGCCAGACUGGGAAGAAAUCUGAGAAGGGACCAGUUUGUUGGCGGAAGCGUGUAAAAUCAGAGUACAUGCGACUGAGACAGCUCAAGAGGUUCAGACGAGCUGAUGAAGUAAAGAGUAUGUUUAGUUCCAAUCGUCAGAAAAUUUUGGAAAGAACGGAAAUCUUAAACCAAGAAUGGAAACAGCGAAGGAUACAGCCUGUGCACAUCCUGACUUCUGUGAGCUCAUUGCGCGGGACUAGGGAGUGUUCGGUGACCAGUGACUUGGAUUUUCCAACACAAGUCAUCCCAUUAAAGACUCUGAAUGCAGUUGCUUCAGUACCCAUAAUGUAUUCUUGGUCUCCCCUACAGCAGAAUUUUAUGGUGGAAGAUGAAACUGUUUUACAUAACAUUCCUUAUAUGGGAGAUGAAGUUUUAGACCAGGAUGGUACUUUCAUUGAAGAACUAAUAAAAAAUUAUGAUGGAAAAGUACACGGGGAUAGAGAAUGUGGGUUUAUAAAUGAUGAAAUUUUUGUGGAGUUGGUGAAUGCCCUUGGUCAAUAUAAUGAUGAUGACGAUGAUGAUGAUGGAGACGAUCCUGAAGAAAGAGAAGAAAAGCAGAAAGAUCUGGAGGAUCACCGAGAUGAUAAAGAAAGCCGCCCACCUCGGAAAUUUCCUUCUGAUAAAAUUUUUGAAGCCAUUUCCUCAAUGUUUCCAGAUAAGGGCACAGCAGAAGAACUAAAGGAAAAAUAUAAAGAACUCACCGAACAGCAGCUCCCAGGCGCACUUCCUCCUGAAUGUACCCCCAACAUAGAUGGACCAAACGCUAAAUCUGUUCAGAGAGAGCAAAGCUUACACUCCUUUCAUACGCUUUUCUGUAGGCGAUGUUUUAAAUAUGACUGCUUCCUACAUCCUUUUCAUGCAACACCCAACACUUAUAAGCGGAAGAACACAGAAACAGCUCUAGACAACAAACCUUGUGGACCACAGUGUUACCAGCAUUUGGAGGGAGCAAAGGAGUUCGCUGCUGCUCUCACUGCUGAGCGGAUAAAGACCCCACCAAAACGCCCAGGAGGCCGCAGAAGAGGACGGCUUCCCAAUAACAGUAGCAGGCCCAGCACCCCCACCAUUAAUGUGCUGGAAUCAAAGGAUACAGACAGUGAUAGGGAAGCAGGGACUGAAACGGGGGGAGAGAACAAUGAUAAAGAAGAAGAAGAGAAGAAAGACGAAACUUCGAGCUCCUCUGAAGCAAAUUCUCGGUGUCAAACACCAAUAAAGAUGAAGCCAAAUAUUGAACCUCCUGAGAAUGUGGAGUGGAGUGGUGCUGAAGCCUCAAUGUUUAGAGUCCUCAUUGGCACUUACUAUGACAAUUUCUGUGCCAUUGCUAGGUUAAUUGGGACCAAAACAUGUAGACAGGUGUAUGAGUUUAGAGUCAAAGAAUCUAGCAUCAUAGCUCCAGCGCCCGCUGAGGAUGUGGAUACUCCUCCAAGGAAAAAGAAGAGGAAACACCGGUUGUGGGCUGCGCACUGCAGAAAGAUACAGCUGAAAAAGGACGGCUCCUCUAACCAUGUUUACAACUAUCAACCCUGUGAUCAUCCACGGCAGCCUUGUGACAGUUCGUGCCCUUGUGUGAUAGCACAAAAUUUUUGUGAAAAGUUUUGUCAAUGUAGUUCAGAGUGUCAAAACCGCUUUCCGGGAUGCCGCUGCAAAGCACAGUGCAACACCAAGCAGUGCCCGUGCUACCUGGCUGUCCGAGAGUGUGACCCUGACCUCUGUCUUACUUGUGGAGCCGCUGACCAUUGGGACAGUAAAAAUGUGUCCUGCAAGAACUGCAGUAUUCAGCGGGGCUCCAAAAAGCAUCUAUUGCUGGCACCAUCUGAUGUGGCAGGCUGGGGGAUUUUUAUCAAAGAUCCUGUGCAGAAAAAUGAAUUCAUCUCAGAAUACUGUGGAGAGAUUAUUUCUCAAGAUGAAGCUGACAGAAGAGGGAAAGUGUAUGAUAAAUACAUGUGCAGCUUUCUGUUCAACUUGAACAAUGAUUUUGUGGUGGAUGCAACCCGCAAGGGUAAUAAAAUUCGUUUUGCAAAUCAUUCGGUAAAUCCAAACUGCUAUGCAAAAGUUAUGAUGGUUAACGGUGAUCACAGGAUAGGUAUUUUUGCCAAGAGAGCCAUCCAGACUGGCGAAGAGCUGUUUUUUGAUUACAGAUACAGCCAGGCUGAUGCCCUGAAGUAUGUUGGCAUCGAAAGAGAAAUGGAAAUCCCUUGACAUCUGCUACCUCCUCCCCCUCCUCUCUGAAACAGCUGCCUUAGCUUCAGGAACCUCGAGUACUGUGGGCAAUUUAGAAAAAGAAAAUGCAGUUUGAAAUUCUGAAUUUGCAAAGUACUGUAAGAAUAAUUUAUAGUAAUGAGUUUAAAAAUCAACUUUUUAUUGCCUUCUCACCAGCUGCAAAGUGUUUUGUACCAGUGAAUUUUUGCAAUAAUGCAGUGUGGUACAUUUUUCAACUCUGAAUAAAGAAUACUUGAACUUGUC